AUGACAGAAGAAUCACCAGCACAACGAUCCGCCCGACUGCGCCGCGAGCGCCGCGAGGCAAAGAUUAAGGAAGGAGGCUCAGCGCGCCUAGACAAAAUCACCAGUCUCAGUGGACGCACGCCACAAACCGAGCGUGAAGAAGCCUCCCCAUCCCCCCAACCCCAGCGUGCAAUCUCCGCAUCCCCCUCUCCAGGACCGCAAAACCCCCAGUUCCGACCCUCGGCCUCUGCUCAACCAGAUAUGCAGUCACCAGAGGCGAUUCGCGCUCAGCAGGAAGCAUUCUUCUCGAUGCUCCGACAAUCCGCACCGGAACCGGACCAGGGCAUGCAUCCCGACCCGCAAGCGCCAAAUAGCCUCCAGGCCCAACAAGAAGCAUUCCGCGCGAUGUUGAGACAAGCCGGACAGGAUCAAGGACAGGGACAGCCGCCCAGUGACUCCGAAGACCCAACCAUUAAACUCCUAAACUCUCUCAUGGGUGCUAUACCCGGCGGUGACCCCAAUGCACUAGGAGGGGCACCCCCGGCCGGAGCGGGCGGUCCAUCAGCACCCGGAUUCUCACUUGCUGCUAUCGCGUCGAUGCUCGGCGUGCCGCCUUUCAUUGCUAAUAUGCUAGGUGGAGCGACGCCGCCCACCGAGGCGGAACGGAAGCGCGCUCGGAUUUGGAAGACAAUGCACACCGUCUUUGCUUUGUCAGUUGCUGUUUACCUGCUAUUCAUUAUUGGGUCUUCGGUCACGUUGUUUGGUAGUCCCCCACCAAAGCCUGCGACGGCACAGAAUCCCUUUACGAUCUUUGUGACCGGAGAGUUGCUAUUGACUGGUAGUAAGGUGUUGCUUGAUGGGAAGUCUAGUGGUAUGGGAAUGGCAGUACAGCUUUUCAGAGAUGUUGUGAGGGAUGGCAGCCUCCUGCUGUUUAUAUUGGGUAUGGGGACUUGGUACAAUCGCGAAUGGCAGACUACGGUAUGA